GGGCUGGAUUGACACACAAUGAGGAGCAGAGGCUGGGGAGACGCUCCACAAACGCCGCUGUAAAUAAAUACAACAAUCACUGAGGCCAGAGAAACAUGGAGAACCAGUGCACAGUGCAGGUGAAGCUGGAGUUGGGCCACAGAGCCCAGCUGAGGAAGAAAGUGACAACAGAAGGCUUCACCCAUGACUGGAUGGUGUUUGUCCGAGGGCCAGAGACCGGCGACAUCCAGCACUUUGUAGAGAAGGUUGUCUUCCGCCUGCACGAGAGCUUCCCCAAACCCAAGAGAGUAUGCAAGGAGCCUCCGUACAAAGUGGAGGAGUCGGGUUACGCAGGCUUCCUCAUGCCCAUCGAGGUUUACUUCAAGAACAAGGAGGAGCCAAAAAAGGUGUGUUUCAACUAUGACCUAUUCCUUAACUUGGAGGGCAACCCACCAGUCAACCACCUGCGCUGUGAGAAGCUCACCUUCAACAACCCCACCAAAGAAUUCAGGAGAAAGCUGAUCAAAGCUGGAGGGGUAUUGGUGGUUCCAGAGGGGGCUGAAGCUGUGUCGAGGCCUAGUCCAGACUACCCGAUGCUCCCCACUAUCCCCCUUUCUGCCUUCUCAGACCCCAAGAAAACCAAGACCUCUCAUGUGUCAAAGGAACCCAGCAAAGAAGGAAGUGGUGGCAGCAGUAAAGGACCCAAACCGCACAAGCUGACCAAGGAGCACCGUGAACGGCCUCGAAAGGACUCUGAGAGCAAAGCCACAUCUAAAGGAGACAACGAUAGAGACGGAAGCAGCAAGAGUGGCCGCGAUCCUUCCUCUUCCUCAUCUUCAAAAAAGCCGUCAGAGAUCAAAGUAAAAGAUGAAGUUAAGGUCCUACCCAAGGCUGCCUUCAAGGAGCCUAAACUUACCAUGAAGGAGUCAAAGAUGGAGGGCAUGUCCCCUAAAGGAGGGGGGGCAGGCAGUGGAGGGGGUGGUGGGGGAGGAGGCGGGGGAGGACCUGCGGAGUCCAAAGCCCCAGGGAAACGACCCUCCACUGUCGAGUCUCCCAAACCCAGCGCUAAGAAGCAGAAGAAGGGCAGCUCAGAGGGGCCAAAGGGGCCAACUAGCGUGCCCUUCACGGGAACUUCUCCUCGUGUCUCUUCCUCAUCUACAGCCAGCCAGCCCUACGCAGAGAAGAAACCUCCCAAGGAAAAGGGUCGCUGGGCCAAAGGCAAAAAUGACACACAGGAACCGAAGGAGCCCAAGAAGCUUCCAGAGUCAGAAGAGUCAAAUUCAGAGGAUGAAGCGUCCUCAAAGUCUGAGCAGUCGGCCCCUUCAAGUCCUUCCAACUCCAGUUCGAGCUCUGACUCCAGCUCAGAUUCGGAUUUUGAACCUGGACAGAAACAAGGGCAAGGCCCCCUUCGAUCCAUGGUGGAGGAGAUCCAGUCAGAGGAGUCAGAUGACGACGACAGCAGCUCAGAAGAGGAGACACCCAUCAAGACCAACCCCCCCAACCGCGACUCUCGACUCAGCCUGGACAGCGAGAGUGACAGCAGUGACGGCUCGCACAGCCCCAGUCGAGACCCCGCCCCGCCCCCGCAGAAACACAGCUCCUCCAAUAACAAAGUUUCGGGCAGAAAGAGUCCAGACUCCUCGUUUCGCUCGGAGAAGGUGUUGAAGAAGGGAUACGACAAGGUAGGAAGGGCCUACACAGAAGAACUGGUGGACCUCCAUCGCAGACUGAUGGCGUUGAGGGAGCGUAACGUCCUGCAGCAGAUUGUCAACCUGAUCGAGGAGACGGGCCACUUCAACGUGACCAACACCACCUUUGACUUUGACCUCUUUUCAUUGGACGAGUCCACCGUCCGCAAACUACAGAGCUACCUGGAGGCGACGGCCACGUGACAGGAAGUGGGAACCGGCGUGGGGAAACCGGCGCGUGGAUGGCGGCGGAAGUAGACUUCGCCACCACGUCUCCUCCUUAAAGAGGAGAAGCCACAUCUGUCGCAGCUGUCUCACAGGCCUGACUGAACCGUCGAACAACAGAAACACACGAACAAACACAAGCACACAUGAAGACACACCACGUUCAGGUGACGCUGGGGAGGAAACUGAAGGAGGAGGAAGAGGAGGUGUUGAAGGGAGGGUGGGAGAGGAGCGGAGUAGCUGAGCUCCGUCUACAGUCAGGAUUUUCAC